AUGAGAUUUUUUCCCUCAACCUUCAUUGUCUCAUGCAUUGCAUCGGCCGCAGCUAAUCCUCUUGUCUCCAUUUCGCCCAUGGCGGACAGUCCCAUUCCCCUUCCAUCUCUUGUAAUCCCGAGCUACGCGGUUCUCAACAGUUACUGUGAGGAUGCAGGUUCGAAUGCUUAUGUCGGAGUACAAUACGAUAAUGGUGUGAUAACCUCCUACAAUUACGGCGAAUGUUAUCCUUACACCGUGAACGGCAGUGCCGCAUUGGCCGCAGUUUUUUGCAAAAGUGUAACUUGCAACAAUUGCCUAGGCGAUAAUUGCACAGAUCCAAAUCUUACGCUCACGGUCCCAAGAAGUCUAGUUUUGGUCAAUCCAUGGGGACUCCUGACAACAGUAUUAGGAAAAGGGGCAAUAUGUCAAAAACCGUCGCUAUCCUGA